GUCUCCAAUGUAUUCGAAAGCAGCAAUGGACGCGUUGAUCUUUAAGCACGCGCGACUCCAAACACAUUGUUUUUAAAUGAGACAAAAAAAUAAUAAUUUAACAAUAAAAAAUAUAAAAAAACACAUUUCGUUUCUCUUUCCGUAAACGAGACACUCAAAUAAAAACGUCUCGACGCUUUCAGUCUUACAAAUUCAAAACUAAAUAUAUUGCGGGCAUCAAUUUUAAUAUAAGCGUUAAUAAAUUGUCAUCUCUCAACGGCGUCGCUGCCACGUUUAUUAUUAGAAAGCAUAUUUUGUUGAAUACUAAACAUAAAUACACCCCUCGAAUUCAGUAGCGAACUCGACGCGGAACGAAGCGCGUCUACAAAACAUCAAACAACAAAAAUAAAAACGAAAAAAAAAAAAUGUCAGAAGUCAUAGCGAAUUAGUGAAAAAGUUGAAGUGUCAAAAUUUACCGCCAAAAUUUUGUCAAUCGUAAAUAUCAAUUUAGUGUCAAAUAUAAUAAAACAAACAGAAACAACGAUUUCCUUUUAAAAUAAUUGUAAAAUUGGCGAGUAAAUUAAAUAUUGUUUUGCUCGAAUAGAACCCAAUAGUUGUUUAGUUUUUUUAUAUAAUAAAAUGAACUACACGUACGAAGAAUACAGGAAAAACGAAGGACAGUGUUGCCAAGUUAAAAAAGAAAGUAAAAACGUGGAUAAUUUUGAAAGUGAAGAGCACGUUCAACACGUGCUGGGUCCGAGCCGGAGAUGCCUCGCGUGGGCCUGCAAGGCUUGUAAGAGGAAAACUGCCGCUGUCGACAGACGAAAAGCGGCCACAUUACGUGAAAGAAGACGACUUAGAAAAGUUAACGCGGCAUUUGAGGAGCUCAGGGUCAGAGCGCGCGCUGGAAGCGGCCGCCUCCCGAAGCUGGAGAUCCUCAGAGCAGCGAUACAGCAUAUAGAACGGUUACAGGCAGCGUUAAGGGCCGCCGCAGUGCUAGAGUCGGAGAAGUGUAAAGGCUAUUUAGAAUCACCAGUGAACGUCGUAAGGACACAGUACGAAGCUAAGGAGGCGAAGGCGGAAAAGGAGAGGCCGUUUUUAAGUGGAGACAGCAGCAGCUGUGGUGUUAACAGUUUGGCGAGACUUCGUUGUAUAGUUCAGGCUCUGUCUAAAGAAAUUAAUUAGUGAUAUUGUUACCGUUCUAAGUAACGAUACUAGGUAAAUACGUACCUAGUACACCUUAUACUAGGUAAGUACGUACCUAGUACACACUAUACUAGGUAAAUAAGCACCUAACAGGUGUUCACGUGUAUCAAUGAACAAAACACAACAAUAAAUCCGUAUUUCGGUUUGAGCGAUAUGAUUUUUAAUGACUUAAAUCAUGAAAUCGAAAUGCCAAUGGUGUUGAAUAAUUUGUGGCAUGAAGAGGAAAUAUACUUUACAACUUUGACAAAAUACUUUGAGCCAAUGAAGUCAAAUUAAGGGUGUUUCAAAAUACGUGACAUUUCUCAUGCGAUAAAGACAAGUCCAUAGCUAUAUUUGCCAUUGAGAAUUAUCUUGUUCAAUUUGUAGAUUUAAUGAAUACAUUGUAUUCUUCUUCACCAAUGUUGAGUGUAGGUUUCUUAAUAUAUUUUUUGCCCACCUGGUGUUAAGUGGUUACUGGAGUAACUGGAGUAAGGUGGUUACAACGUAAAUUCGCCCCGCAGCUUGAGACAUAAGUUCUUAGGUCUCAGUAUAGUUACAACGGCUGCCUCACCCUUCAAACCGAAACGCAUUACUGCUUCACGGCAGAAAUAGGCAGGGCAGUGGUACCUACCCGUGCGGACUCACAAGAGGUCCUACCACCAGUAUGCACUUUUCAUAUGCACUCCAUUCUUUUCGGUCUUCUCAUCAGGUCUUCAGCCCACCUCAUUGGUUGUUUAAGUACCUACAUUGUAUUAUUAAUUACAAAAAUGCUCACAUUUUUUUUCUCUCAUUAAUUUAUUUUGCUCAUCUAUAAAUAAGACUAACGGUUAUUUAGUUCCUAAUAUUUUUAUGUAAAAUAUUUAUUGUAAAUAAAUUGUAUAGUUGAUGGUC